CACUUUAAUAUAUUAUCUUCUUUUACUGAUUACUGUCUCAUUUUUUUUCACCUUAAUUGUAUAUGGUGAUACUAUGCUAGCAUUAUUUCGUCAUGAAAUGUCAACAUUAAAUUGAAUUCUUAUAGUACUUGACCGAAUGGCCAGAUUAUUCAUUCGUCAUAAUUUUCAUAUCAUUUUGAUAUUGUCAGCAGAUGUUUGCUAUAAAUUGUAUUAUCGUUACGACAAAAUCUCGGAGCGCAUCGAACUGCUCAACCGACUCUCCAGUAAUAAUAAUCAGUAACUGAAAAUCAAUCGAUAAUAACAUCUACUGAGAUUUUGACGACUACUGAUAAAAGUGAUAAAUCGCUUUGCUACAAAUGGCCGUUGCCGAGAAAUUUGUUGGUAUUUGGACGUUUGUCGAGUCGGAAAAUUUCGAUGCAUACCUGAAACAAAUCGGUGUUGGGUUGAUAAUGCGAAGUAUAGCUCGAAAUCUUAAACCAACACUGACUUUUUCCGUGGAUGGUAACAAAUGGAAGAUUGUUAGCGAAUCAAGUUUCAGAAAGCAUGUUUGGGAAUUUGAACUAGGUGAAGAAUUCGUUGAAACAACACCUGAUGGGAGGCAAGUAAAGAGUAAAUUCUUUUUGGAAGGUGACAUAUUGGUUCAACUCGAAAACGCGAUUAAGGCAGACGGGAAAAGUACUAGGUUUGAACGUUACAUCGAUAAGCAAGGCCAACUAAUUAUUGUUUGUGAUUGUGAAGGUGUGGUUGCAAAACGCAUAUACAAAAGUGCAGAAUAAAGCAAUCAGCAAUUUAUCAUUUGUUGAGCGCGAUGUCAUAGAAAGUUCUGUACCAAGAGCAAAAGCUUGAUUUUGUCAACAUGUAUCACCCGAUUUUUUGUUAUAUUUGAUGUACUGAAUAAAUUAAUACACCAA